UCGCAGACACGAAAAAAAAAAGAAAAAAAAAAGAAAAAAAGAAAAAAAACAGAAAAAAUCUCAGCUACUCCUGAAAACAAGAAAUCCUCUCUCCGUCUCUCUCUGGAAAGAAAGCGAACAGACGCCAUGGACGUUGCUUAUUUCCACAACAUCCCCUUCCCUUCUCCCAUUCCCUCUUCUCCUUCUGUCUCUCCCUCUUCUCCUCGCUUUCGGUCUCUCUCCUUUCUAUCAAGGGUUUCCAUUUCGAAUCCCUUCCUCAAAAAUCCUAGCGAUUCACCUGCAUUUCGCCCGAUCCUUCGACGGAAUCUCUGCUCGGCCUGUGGCGGCGCUGAUACGCUGGUCGCCGGACCGCAGAAAGAAGGGAAUUUGCGGCCAUUCGUUAGUGGCAACGGAGGAGGUGAUGAAAUCGGGGACUUGAAGUCCUGGAUGCACAGCAAAGGGCUGCCACCUUGUAAGGUCGUUCUCAAGGAGAAGGCAUCACAUGACGAGAACCUCCGUCCGAUUCAUUAUGUUGCUGCGAGCGAGGAUCUUGAGGCAGGGGAUGUAGCAUUCUCGGUUCCGAAUUCGUUGGUAGUAACUCUCGAGAGGGUUUUGGGGAACGAAACGAUUGGUGAGCCUUCUUCCUCUGUUGGUUAGUUAUUUUAUAUAGUCGUGGCAUUAUUCAAUGCUCUGGUUUUCUGCUUGUACAAGUGGAGUUAAUUACUCCGAGACACGAGCCCUUUCAAAUGGUGGCCUGUGAGCAGGCGGUAAGGAGGAAUAUACAGUAUCUGUUUAUGUUUAACUGUAAGGGGCCA